AGUUGUCAGUCAGGUGUGAUGUUGACUGACCUCUAUUUAUUCCCCCUCAAAUCCUCCCCCUCUCUUCAUUUCCUCAAUCACGUCCAUACACACUUCAGUUUCUUGUAAUGAAUAUUCUUUUGUUGUUCUUCCAAUUUUCCAGCGACUUCAGAGGGAAAAUGGCUCUUCUUGGUUUCUUCCUAGUGGGGUUCAUCUCAAUGUUCUCAUCCGUUGAAGGGUAUUAUGGGGGUUGGACAAAUGCUCGUGCAACUUUCUAUGGUGGAGGUGAUGCUUCUGGGACAAUGGGUGGUGCUUGUGGGUAUGGAAACCUGUACAGUCAGGGGUAUGGGAUUAACACAGCAGCACUGAGCACUGCAUUGUUCAACAAUGGCCUAAGCUGUGGGGCUUGCUUUGAAAUUAGAUGUGUAAAUGAUCCACAAUGGUGCCUCCCUGGCUCCAUUGUAGUCACUGCCACUAAUUUCUGCCCACCAGGGGGAUGGUGUGACCCUCCCCAACUCCACUUUGACCUCUCUCAGCCCAUCUUCCAACACAUUGCCCAAUACAGAGCUGGGGUAGUUCCUGUAGCUUACAGAAGGAUAAGGUGCAGGAGAAGUGGAGGUAUUAGGUUCUCCAUCAAUGGCCAUUCCUACUUCAACUUAGUCCUUGUGACCAAUGUCGGUGGUGCUGGUGAUGUGCAUGCUGUGGCCAUCAAGGGCUCAAGAACAGGAUGGCAGGCAAUGUCAAGGAAUUGGGGACAAAACUGGCAGAGCAAUUCAUACCUCAAUGGACAAAGCCUUUCUUUUGUUGUCACAGCCAGCGACGGACGCAGUGUGGUCUCAUACAAUGUUGCUCCAGCUAGUUGGUCCUUCGGACAGACAUAUACUGGAAGUCAAUAUCGCUACUAAACAUCCCUUUAGCUCUACUAUAUGUAUUGUUACACCAUGUCUACUAGAGUAUGAUAAGAUUAUGGUUCCAAAAUCUUAUAGAUUAGAUAUAAUUAAAAAGAGUUGAAGAGUAUAUAGGGCCAAUAAUAUUGGCUCAAAAUGAAAAGGGUUUGAUUUAAAAUGGCCCUUUUCAUUUGAAUAUGUAAGUUUUUGCAGUUCAUGACUUGCUCUGUUUAAUUUGAAGCCUGAAGACCUUAUUUAGCUGCUGGAGAGAUACUCUCAUGGGCAGUUUGGUAUUGAAAUUUUACCAGCUGUCGCUAAGGCAUAAGAGUGUGAAAAGUAAGUGUUUUAUUCUAAGGUCAUUAAUGUAACAAGCUUUUAAAAGCUGCACAUGCCUAUGUCUGUAUUUGAGAUAUAUAUUAUUUGAAUGUAAUUGGCAAAUUAAGUUUAAGUUUCUCUAGUUGAUGGCGAUGUAAGAGAGACCUCAACUAUUAUCCAACUUAUUGUUCAUGUAAUAAAUGUAUUCUUUCCUUUCA